UUGCGUAAAAAAGUUUGACAUUUCUAUAAUUAUCAAAAAUUGUGUCAUUUUAGUGCAAUACACAAAAUUGUUUCUGUGGCUGUGUUUUAAAUCCAUUUGUUAAAUGUAAACAUUUUAGUGAUAUACCACCAUUUUAAUGGCAUCUAAUAUUUACGGAUACAUUCCCCGAAUUAGUGUGGACGGAUUUACAGAAGAACCUACUGUAAAGCUAAAGUUGAAGAUAUUGAGAGGAAAAAAUCUUAUGAAAAAGGAUAUUUUUGGGGCAUCUGAUCCAUAUGUGCGAAUAGAUUUAAAUGCCAUAAAUGGUGAUGACACAAUUGAUUCUGUGCUCACAAAAACAAAGAAAAGGACACUUUGUCCAGAAUGGAAUGAGGAAUUUAUAUUCAGGGUAAAACCUGAAGAACAUAAAUUGAUAGUGCAGGUUUUUGAUGAGAAUAGACUGACGAGGGAUGAUUUUCUUGGAUUGGUGGAACUGCCCCUUGUAAAUAUUCCAAGAGAACAAGAUGGUAGAGCCACCCCAGUUCAAAAAUACUUAUUACGACCAAGAAGUAGCGAUUUCAGCGCGAGAUCGAGAGUGCGAGGCCACCUCGAACUGUCCUGCGCCUAUCUUCAAGACAGCGUCGUGCCGCCGAUCGCCGCCCCCGAAGAUCCGCCGCUGGACGACCAAUGGGAGGUGGUCAGCGAGAGCAGGGAAGAAUCGCCGGCGCAGGCGGUGUUCGUGAGUGGCAACAGCGCGACGGAAUCGCAGACCCCUUUGCCGCAAGGCUGGGAGGAGAGACAGGACGCGAACGGGCGCACUUACUACGUCAACCACAUCGCCAGAACCACCCAAUGGGACCGUCCAACUGUUAGCAAUACAUCUGACAGCAGUGUAACAGUGGAAAGGGAAGAACAAAGAGAAGUUUUCGAACGGCGUUAUCACAUUAGCGCUGAAGAAGAAACAAACGGUCGGGGGGACUCAAACAACACCAGUCAGCGAUCGAGCAGGCCGCCGUCGCCGGCCGAAGAAGAAGAGAUCGGCUCGGAUCGCGAACGUUCGUGCGAUUCCGAUUACCACGGCUCGGCCGAGAGCAACUGCAGCAGUGGCGCCGAGAGCGAUGAUCAAACCGACAGCCUGUCGAACAACUCCUCGCGAAGAGACUCGACCAUAUCCAACGUCAGCAACAACACCAACAACGCGAGCCAAGCGAACUUGGACGCCCUCUCCGAUGGACUGCCGCAAGGUUGGACGGUGCAGGUAGCCCCGAACGGCAGGCUGUUCUUCAUCGACCACAACGAAAAGACGACCUCCUGGGUGGAUCCGAGGACCGGCAGGGCCAGCCCCAUGCCCAACGCCGCCCCCGCCCCCACGGUCAGCCGGAGGCCGGACGACGAUCUGGGGCAGCUGCCGGAAGGUUGGGAGGAGAGGGUCCACUCGGACGGCAGGAUAUUCUUCAUAGAUCACAAUACCAGAACUACCCAGUGGGAAGACCCCAGACUUUCAAACCCGCAAAUAGCCGGCCCAGCAAUUCCCUACUCUAGAGAUUAUAAAAGAAAAUACGAAUACAUGAAAACGCAACUAAGAAAACCGACCAAUGUGCCUAACAAAUUCGAAAUAAAAGUGAGACGCAAAAGUAUACUGGAAGAUUCCUAUAGGGUGAUAACGACGGUGCCGAGGAUAGAGCUGCUUAAAACCAAAUUAUGGGUGGAGUUUGAAGGAGAAGUGGGCUUGGAUUAUGGAGGUUUGGCCAGGGAAUGGUUUUAUUUAUUGUCCAAAGAGAUGUUCAAUCCUUAUUAUGGACUGUUUGAAUAUUCAGCAAUGGACAACUAUACAUUGCAAAUAAAUCCAUUCUCAGGGGUGUGCAAUGAAGACCACAUUAGCUAUUUCAAGUUUAUAGGCCGUGUAGCCGGAAUGGCAGUUUAUCACGGAAAACUUUUGGACGCGUUCUUCAUCCGACCGUUCUACAAAAUGAUGCUGCAAAAAGCGAUAGAUCUUAAAGACAUGGAAUCCGUCGAUUCCGAAUACUACAAGUCGCUGCUGUGGAUCAAGGAAAACGACCCGUCCGGUCUCGACUUGACGUUCUCGGUCGACGAGGAAUCCUUCGGACACACUUCGGUUCACGAGCUGAUCGAAGGCGGCGCCAACAUUCCACUGGAGAACACCAACAAGGACGACUACAUCAAGUGCAUUAUACAGUGGCGGUUCGUCGGUAGGGUGCAAGAGCAGAUGAACGCGUUCCUCGAAGGUUUCGGCGAGCUGGUGCCGCUGAAUUUGGUCAAAAUUUUCGACGAACACGAGCUGGAACUGCUAAUGUGCGGCAUCCAACACAUAGACGUGAAGGAUUGGAAGCAGAACACUUUGUACAAAGGCGACUACCACGGCAACCACAUUGUGAUACAAUGGUUCUGGAGGGUUGUAUUAUCCUUCAGUACCGAAAUGAGAGCAAGACUAUUACAGUUUGUCACGGGUACCUCGCGAGUACCGAUGAACGGUUUCAAGGAACUGUAUGGCAGUAAUGGACCUCAGUUAUUUACCAUUGAGAAGUGGGGUAGCACUGAUAAUUACCCUAGAGCUCAUACCUGUUUCAAUCGCUUGGACUUGCCUCCGUACGAGAGCUACCAACAUUUAAAGGACAAGCUGGUCAAGGCGAUCGAAGGCUCGCAGGGCUUUGCGGGCGUCGAUUAGCACUUAAGACGUUGAGAUUACAUAAGUUGUUAAAUAAAUCUGUCCAUUAAAUUUAAGGUUAAGCUUUUUGUCCACUUAUUAUCUAUUCUGUAACUAGCCGACUUUUAUCUAUCCAUAAUAUUAUGCUAUGUAAGUGUGUUUGUGGGUUUUGAACGAAUUGGGAUUUGCAUACAUUUUAUACGAGAUGGUUAAUUUUUUACGUUGAUCACGUUUGUUUGAAUUUUUUUAUUUGAAUGAAAUUUUAGUCACCUAAAAUGCGAAUAAUUUUUUCAUUCAAAUUUAAAGCAAAUCAUACCUGUUUUAAUUAAUUUUCUAAUAGCCCAGAAUGAUUUCUAUAAAAGCCAAUCAGAGCACCUAGUAUGCUGUGGAGAAUGACGUGCUCUGAUUGUUUCUAUAGAAAUCACUUUAUAUGAAAGCAAAGUCCCUGAAAGUGUAAUAUUGUAAAAAUAAAAAUCCUUAAUUUAUCUUAAAAAGAAGAAAUUAUGCAUUUUUACUUUUCAAUGCAGUUAAACUUAAAAUUAAAACAUCUGGGCUAUAAAAAAAGAAACUAUUUUAUGAUAAUUUUAACUUUGACAAUCAUUAAGUUUGAUAAUUGAGAAGGAUUUAAAACUUGUUUGAAUUUUACUGUGAUCUGCAUUAAAUUAAAACAGGUCGGAUUUAAAAUUGUAAAUCGUGUAUAUAAUAUACAGAUUUUAAAUCUACUGUAGACUUUAGCUUCUUUCCUAAAUAGGUAUAGGCUAAUAUUGUUACAUUUCUAAUUAUAUAAUAAGCAUAUAAGUUUUACUUCAACAACUUAUAUGUGUUGUGCAACCGAAAUUUUUGUGAAAUUUGUCGUUUGAUUUUAUUCUACUUAAUUGUUAUUAAAGGUCAACGUUUCUAGAAGUACAUGUUUACAAUUAAUUUCAUGUUAUUAUACUGUACUUUUUGACCAAAUUGUUGUUGAAGUCUUGACUACUUAUUCCGUACUGUAUUUAUCAAAAAAAUUUAUUAUGAGUGUUUUAGUUUUUAUAUUUAUGAUCUUGCAAUAGUCCAACAUUUAUAUUUUUAUAACAAGUGAGUCAAAAUUAACUGCAUCUUAAAAUAUACCAAAAAUGUUAAUUUUAUACAUAUAAAUUUGUUUAAUUUUGAAAUUCUUUGCAGUAAAUUUGACUCGCCCUGUAAAUUCACUACUUAAAAGUGUUCUGUUGGUUGCAAUUUUAUUUGACCUAAUUUUAUCAUUCCAAUGAGUUUUUAUUAUAAUAAUUAAAGUGAUGUGGUUAAUUUAUUUAUAAAUCAAAAGUUUUACACAACUGAGCUAAUAUUUUUAUUGUAUAUAAUUUAUAACUUUUGCUGUAUUAUGCUUUAUAUGUAAAGGGAAAUAUAUUUUAAUAGAGAAUGUUUAUUAUACAUUUGCCUAUUGUUAACAGGCAAAUUAUUUAUCUCAUCA